AUGGAAGAGGCACACUUGUCUAUCCAAAAUCUAGUUAAAAAGGUUAAGGAAGAGAUGUUUUCUUCUUCACUUGAUCUAUACUCCUUUGUUUCUCCUUCUGCUUAUGACACUGCAUGGCUAGCCAUGAUCCCUGAUAAUGAGAAACAGGAGCAUCCCAUGUUCCAGCAGUGUUUGAAUUGGUUAUUAAACAACCAAAAUGAAAAUGGGUUAUGGGGAGAAUCCAAUACUCCUACCAUUUAUUGUCUUCCUGCAACUCUUGCUUGCAUGGCUGCACUUAGUAAGUGGGAAGUUGGAGCUCACAAUAUUGAGAAAGGAAUGCCAUCUUUCCAUGCACAUGCAGAGAACCUACUUACAAACCAGAAUGAAGCUUACCCUCAUUGGUAUUCCAUUGUUUUCCCUGGUAUGGUUGAGGUUGCACGUAAUGCAGGCUUAGAAGUAACCUUCCCUGGUGGAUUAAAGGAGGUGGUGGAAAGCAUUUUUGACGAGCGAAAACAGAUUCUUGAAAUGGAAGCACAUACAGAUCAGUACCAUUAUCCUCCAUUAUUAUCAUAUCUUGAAGCCUUGCCUUUGACAUAUAAAAUAGACCAAGAAGUGAUACUUAGUCACUUUAAUGAGGAUGGUUCACUGUUUCAGUCACCCUCUGCAACUGCUAAAGCUUACAUGGCUACAGGGAAUAGUGGGUGUAUGAUGUAUCUGAAGUCCUUGAUUCAAAGAUGUGGCUAUGGAGUUCCCCAUAUGUAUCCAGUGGAUGAAGAAUUGAUAAAGCUUUGUAUGUUGAAUCAAUUGGAUAAGAUGGGUGUAGCUGAGCAUUUCCAUGAAGAGAUUGAAGAGGCUUUGGCAGAUGUUUAUAGGGAUUACAUGAAUCGUGUAUCAGAGGACAUUCCAAUCAAUCGGCUGCCAAUACAAAUGUACAAAGACUCCAUAGCUUUUCGACUGUUAAGGAUGCGUGGUUAUCAUGUAUCUCCAUGGAAUUUCUGUUGGUUUCUGCAUCAUAAUGACCUACUGAUCCACAUAGAAGAUAACUAUGAGUACUUCUUGAGCUCUAUGUUAAGUGUUUACAGAGCCACAGAACUUAGAUUCGUUGAAGAAAAUGAACUUGAGGAAGCCAGAUCAUUCUCAAGGAAAUUUCUAGAGAAGGCAAUUGCAUUGAGUACCAAGAAUAAUUUCCUUCAGUUCCCAAAUCUUCAGAGCCUGAUUGAGCAUGAGUUGAAUCUUCCAUGGCUUGCUCGGUUGGACCAUUUGGAGCAUAGGAGGUAUAUUGAAGAAAAUGAUAAAACCAGUUUCCUUUGGAUGGGAAAGGCACCUUUCUUUUGGUCUCCCUAUCUUCAGAAGGAUUUGCUCCUACAACUUUCUAUAGAGAACUUUACAUUUAGGCAAUCAAUCUACAAAAAUGAAUUGGAAAAAUUGAAAAGGUGGACUGAGGAAUCAGGCCUAAAUCAAAUGGGAUUUGGAAGAGAGAAAACCACCUAUUGUUACUUCGCUAUAGCCGCAAGCUGCAAAUUGCCUUAUUUUUCGGAAAUAAGAUCAAUAGUUGCGAAGAGUGCAGUAAUUGUAACAGUUGCUGAUGAUUUCUUCGACAAAGAAGGUUCAUUAGAAGAAUUGGAAGACCUAACAAAAGCAAUUAGAAGAUGGCAUUGUAUGAGCUUAAGAGGCCAUGGUAAAAUCAUCUUUGAUGCCCUUAACAAUCUUGUGAUUAAUAUUGCCAAAAUAUACUUUGAACAACACAGGCAGAAUGUCAUGAAAUAUCUUCAAGUUAUGUGGUACCAAACCUUCUUGUCAUGGCUGAUAGAAGCUAAGUGGAGCAAAAGUGGAUAUGUUCCUUCAAUAGAUGAAUACCUUGAAACUGGAAUGAUCUCUGUAGCUGCACAUACUUUAGUUCUUCCAGCAGCAAGCUUGAUGAAUCCUGCCUUACCACCAAAGCACUUGAUCAAGUGUAACCGAUAUGAAACCCUAACAAAAUUACUCAUGGUCUCAUCUCGCUUGUUGAAUGACACACAAAGCUAUGAGAAGGAAGGAAAGGAUGGAAAAAUGAACCUUGUCAUGUUAUACAUGAAGGAAAUUAAGGAGGCUGAUAUCCAGGACUCAGUCUCUUGUAUAGAAAAUAUAUUGGAUCAAAAGAAGAAAGAGUUGUUGGAACAUGCUUUGGUGAAUGAUAUGGGAGGCCAGAUGCCCAAAUCAUGCAAAGAAUUGCAUCUAUCCUGUUUGAAAGUAUUCCAAAUGUUUUUCUACAAUGCCAAUCGGUUUGACUCUGAAACAGCUCUGCUUCAAGACAUUAAGAAAGCAAUUUAUGAUCCUCUUGAGGUACAAGUUCAAGGUUCUAUGCUUCCACAACUAACUGUUGGACACAAAUUGAAGAUAAAUUUAUUGUCCAGCAAUCAUGGCAACCAUUGCAGGAAAAGCUUGAAAACCAGCUUCAUCUGCAAGAUGACAUCGAAGGGUUGGUAUGAACAAUCAAAGUUUAUUAUGCCAAAAGUCAUACUUGGCAUUGUCUGAAUAUUUAGAGCACUUUAUGUGUUUGUAAUAUGUUCUUUAAGAUUUUUUUAUAAAUAGAGCAUUGUAUGCUUGAAAAGUAAUUUUUUUUAUA